UGACCGCAAACUCUUCCGUGGCUCCUCUGAAAGUAAUCUCCCCACUUCUCUUUCUCUCUGCGUUUAUCUCAAUUGACUUUCCAGCCCUGUUGUUCGCUCUCCUUAUCACUUGGAAAAGGUGAACCCUCGUGUUAUUUUUUUUUAUUUUCAUCUUUGCUCUAAUUGUAGUUUUUACCCUUGUGGUCCCUGAUGGCUUCGCACAGUGAUACUCUGGUGGUGUUCUUUGGGGCAACAGCUGGUGCAAAUGGGGGUAAACUGGGUUCGGAUGAGAGGGAAAUAAUUCUCUUGGUGUGGCAAAUUGUGGAUCUACAUGAGAAAAAGGUUGGGAAGCUUCAUCAAUGUUUUGUCAAGCCAGACACUUUGGAGCUGACAGACCAGUGUAAAGAAGAAACUGGGCUGACACUGGAGGACAUCAGUAACGCUGAGCCCCUGGACAAAGUUCUGCAACAGUUUCAGCAGUCCGUCUCAUCAGAAGUAAAAUGCCUCGGCAGAAGUUCGUACACACUCUUGGUGAAUAGUCCUCUCGUUAUUCGACAGGCUCUCCACCCAGAGGCCUCCAAAAAGAACCUUGUACUACCUGAGUGUUUCUUUUCAUUUGUGGACGUGCGGAAAGAGUUUCACCAAUGCUGCCCAAAUGCCGGUUCUGUGCAGAAGCUCACAAUGGGAUUCAUGUUGGAAUAUGCUGGUCUUCCUGCGGUGUCGGAGCAGAUGAUAGGUGUGAGGGAGGUUAGCAGCAUCGUGCAACUGACACUCUGCAUCGUGGCUGAGCCAUACAAUCACACAUUCUCCUGUGUUGAAACGGUGAACUACAAGUUUGACUCUGGUACAUGCAGUAAGACGGAGCCGGUGGACAGCGACAUGGUGAUCAGAGCGAGGGGGCUUCCAUGGCAGUCUUCAGACCAAGAUAUUGCUCGCUUCUUUAAGGGACUCAAUAUUGCCAAAGGUGGUGUGGCUCUCUGUCUGAACGCUCAGGGCCGGAGGAAUGGAGAAGCCUUGGUUCGCUUCAUCAACUCAGAGCACAGAGACCUGGCUCUGGAGCGCCACAAACACCACAUGGGCAGCCGAUACAUCGAGGUCUACAAAGCGACAGGAGAGGAAUUUCUCAAGAUUGCUGGAGGGACGUCCAAUGAGGUGGCCCAGUUCCUGUCUAAAGAGAACCAGGUGAUUAUACGAAUGCGCGGGUUACCGUUCACUGCUACGACGCAGGAAGUCCUGUCCUUCCUCGGUCCUGAGAGUCCCGUCACGGACGGCGCAGAGGGUCUGCUCUUUGUCAAGUACCCCGACGGACGGCCUACCGGUGACGCCUUUGUGCUUUUCUCCUGCGAGGAAUACGCUCAGAACGCACUAAAGAAACACAAACAGAUCCUGGGGAAGCGGUAUAUCGAGUUGUUUCGGAGCACUGCAGCCGAGGUGCAACAGGUUCUAAAUCGGUACAUGUCCACACCUCUGAUCUCCACGCUGCCCCCUUCACCCAUCGUUCCCGUCCCGGUCCUCACAACACCUCCCUUCCUGCCAGCGGCCUGCAGCACCCGGGACUGCGUGCGUCUCCGUGGUCUCCCGUACACCGCCGGCAUCGAGGACAUCCUCGAGUUCAUGGGCGAGCAUACCGUUGACAUUAAGCCUCAUGGAGUCCACAUGGUCCUUAACCAACAGGGCCGACCCUCUGGGGAUGCCUUUAUCCAGAUGAAGUCACCUGACAAGGCGUUCUUGGUGGCCCAAAAGUGCCACAAAAAGACAAUGAAGGACCGGUAUGUCGAGGUCUUCCAGUGCUCCACCGAAGAGAUGAGCAUUGUUCUGAUGGGAGGAACCCUAAACCGCAGCGGCCUUUCUCCUCCACCCUGCAAACUUCCCUGUCUGUCACCUCCCACAGCCUACGCUGCCUUCCCAACUCCACCUGCUAUUCUCUCUGAGGCGGCCCUGUACCAGCCUCCCUUGUUGGCUGCUCCCAGACCUUCUCCGACCACCGUGCACAACCCUGCUCACACUCUGGCAUACUACUCGCCUCAACCACAUCUCUAUAUGAACAUGAACAUGAACUACACUGCCUACUACCCCAGCCCCCCAGUUUCUCCUUCCACAGUUAGCUACUUUGCAGCUCCACCAGGAGCCAUGGCGGCUGCAGUUGCAGCUCAAGCUCACCCCGCUGCAGCGGCUGCCUCCUCCGUGCUGCCUCAGCCGGGUGCACUGGUCAGGAUGCAGGGUCUACCAUACAACACUGGAGUCAAAGACAUCCUCAGCUUCUUCCAGGGAUAUCAGCUCCAGUCAGAUGCCGUACUUAUCUUGUAUAACUUUAGUGGUCAGUGCAGCGGCGAGGCAUUGGUCACCUUCCCCAACGAAGACAUCGCCCGGCGUGCCGUAGCUGAGUGCUCAAACCAUCCUUUCUAUGGCCAGCAGAUCCACUUGGUUUUCUGUAACUGACCACCAGCUCUCCAUCUUUCUCCACCAUGCUGAGUCCAUCAGAAACAGCUCCAAACUCCAGUGCAUUCCAACUCUUUACAGAGCAUCUAGCAAACUCUUCCCUCUCUGUAUGAUCUGUAUUUCUGACCACACACCUCACAGCUGGUCCUGACGCUCCUAAGCCUGCUACUGGAGCUAGCGUCCACAGACGAAGCAGCUGAAUGUUGGGCACAUGACUUUUUGACCAACGACUCCAAACUCCAGUGUAUUCCAACUCUUUACAGAGCAUGGCUGGGGGUGAAGAAAGUGUGUAAUGCCUGGACAGACCAUGUAGCCACUCUGCAAAGGCAAACUUGCAGAUAAAUGUGUUCUCUUUGAAACUGUACAGACCUGUGUCCUGAAAUGCUUGAGGCUGUAUAUACAUUUAUGCACAAGUUUGUCUGUAUAUUUCUGAACUGCAUUGCUUCAACCGAUUAAUUUGUUCAUGAACAUGUCUGUUAGCUCAACAGGGAAAAAAAAGAUCUGCGGAGACAGAUCUUUUUUGCAAUUUAGUUAUGACAUCAAAAUAUAUAAGCCAUAACAACUACUUUAUACUACUGAAACAAAGUAAAUCGGUAUGCUAAAACCUUCAUGAUUUAAAAUGUAGCUAAAAAAAUUACUUUGAGCUUCAGGGACUAUUAGUUUAUACCUCUCUGCAGCAUAUCUGUGUCUGAAAUAAUUAUUCUGUGACUGUUUAUUUGUUUAAAAAGCAUUUAUUUUCUGACAACCAGCAUGUCUCCAUCUUUGAGCAUUUUCUAAGCACUACAGAUUUUUUGUUUGCUCCAGUCGUAAAGACAACACGCUGUGCAUCUUGUAACAGUUUCACAAUAAAUUAAUUCUAGUUUUAUAGAUGCCUAUUAUUUACAAAAGCUGACAUUUUUUUAUUAAAUGUGAAAUGACAUAGGCUUUGUUUCCUGCAAUCUUUUAAAUACUGGUCGACCAACUUCUGCUGCUUCUUUGGUGUUUGUUUCCAGACUAUAACAACCAGCCCGCGGCAUGAUUUAAUUCCUGUGUACAACCAGAGUGCCAUGUAAAACUGCAUGUGCGUUUUUUUUUCCUUUUUCCUAUGAUAGGCCUGCUGAAGUUGUCAUAGUUUUUCCUCUUUACCAAGCCUUCAUUACCCAGAGUGCAAUACUGGCCCGUAGGAGGCAUGAGCAUCUGGUGGCAGAUGAAAGAUUUGUUUUGUUGCGACUUCAGGAUGCAUGAAUUUAAGUCUGUGUAUAGAAUGUAAACAAUAAAAAUUUAAACAAA